AUUUCAUCAUUUCCAGCAUCCAUCCUCCUGUCGUUCUCUCGCUCUCCAUUACUCUCCCGUCCUCCCCCUCCCUCCUAGCUUUUCUGCAAGGUCAACCACAGCGAGUGCAACCACUUUUCGUUCUCUCGGGCGAAUAGGCAGCGGCGUGCUCUCGGAGAACGCUUGAGCUUGAGCAACCGCAGGCAACCAGCAUAGUACGUUCGCGUUCAAGGACCCUGGCAGCUAAGAUUCAUGUCUCCCGAUGAACGCCUGCCAGCAGGCAAAUCAGUCAUGGUUCACGUGGAAGACCUGGUGACGGCUAACGUCUAUCUCCUGUCCUACCUCGCGGAGUUCGUGGACGACAAUCAGCAUCUCUUCUUUGCCUCGGUUUCCCGAGGAUGGAGGGAUGUCUGGGGCAAGCGUCCGACGGUUACAAAGGCCCUGACGGCCGACACGUCGGUGCCGCAGCUCUCCCUCAGCUUCGAGUGUGGCCUGAGGCGGACAGCCGCGGUAUGCGAAACCGUCGCGGGGCUCGGCAGGCUGGAUCUCCUGCAGAGGGCAAGGGCUAUGGGGUGCCCGUGGAACGAGAACACGUGCUACGUUGCGGCAAAGGCGGGACACCUCCAUGUCCUCGUUUGGGCCCGGCAGAACGGGUGCCGUUGGGGGCGAGACACCUGCAUGGCUGCCGCCCGACAGGGACAUUUAGCGGUCGUCACGUGGGCAAGAUCAAACGGAGCGGCAUGGGACGUGUGCACGUCCGUCGAGGCUGCCGUGGGAGGUCACGUCCACGUUCUUCAAUGGCUUCGGGACAACGGCUGCGAAAUGGGUCCAAGCACCUGCGCCGGGGCUGCAAGGGGAGGGCAUCUUCGCGCUCUCCAGUGGCUUAGAGAAGCGGGUUGUGCGUGGAACUCCAACACGUGCUCAAUGGCGGCAGAAGGAGGGCACCUGGACGUGCUCAGCUGGGCCCGGGCUAACGGCUGCUGCUGGGACAAGGACGCCGUGACUUUCGCUCGAGAGAACGGACACGGCCAUGUAACUCGCUGGGCGGCUCGAGCGAGACUGCUGGCGUGAGGGUGUGCUGCCCCGGGGGGAGUCCGCCUUUGAAGAACGCUGCUGCAUGGGUUUGCGGCUACCGGGCGGCCCUCAGUGAUUCCACGGAGUAAAGAAAUGCCUUUCUGAAAGGAGGGUGCGGUUGCAUUGGGUGGUUGAGUGGGUUUCGCCAAUAACCAGUUGCGGCGUGAGGAGGCCGAAAAUGUCACUUUUCAAAUACCUGGUGACACGUUUUGUGUUGUCGUUUCUCAGGGUUGAAUGGCGGUGUCGUACAAGACCGGGAGGGAACGGGCAACUGUUUGACGUGGGAAUCGAUUUUCGAUGUUUUUAGUAACCUAGCAAGGGACAGAAUCACUGCGUUUUUAGACGAACAUGUAUCUUUUCGUUCCUCACCCUUGAGAAGUGUCGGAUGCGUCGGCCAUGUCGUGCUCGCGAAGCGACUGGCUAGUUGUACAUGUCAUCUGAUGGACACUCCGUAUGCAUGCAUUGCUCGUUUUACGUAUAUCACUUUGCAGUGCGAUAUCGCCUGUUGCAUGUGCCUGCCACACGUGCUGAGUAGUAGACAGUGAUGUUGUACAACGCAGGGGUCUACCCCAACCAGUCCGGAGGAGCCUGUGCGAACCGCAUGAUGUUGGGCGAAACAGAUUCGUUGGUUGUUCGGAAAUGAGUGUCGUUGUCUAUCUCAGACUGCCAAGACAAGGAAAGGACCCGACCGCUUCAGCAUGGUACAAGUAGCGUUUUUUGCACGUUUUUCCGUGCGGUCGAGUAUUGCACAGUUCCUAAAUAAAUGUCAAUUAUUCUCUAUUCGAAUCUGCGUGCACAAGUUUUGUUUUUUUUUCGUAGCUUCUGCGGGUACCAUAUGUUUUUAUUUCGAUCGGUGCGAAUAAGAUAUGAACAACGGCGAUGGUAAUGUGGUGUAGGCAAACAUUAAAACUCUUCGGAAUAUACAAAAUGAUCGUGAUUGAUCUUUUAAAGCAGCACAUGAGGGCACGAUUUAGCACGAAUUAAAAUCGGUGGGAGUUUGAUCAUGUAUUUGCAUUAAAGUACCAAGAGUUAGAUAGGUGGGAAAUGAGUCGUGUAGUGGCAUGCAUGCAGUGCAAAGACGACCGAGUUCGGUGUCACGAUCACCCUCCCUCCUCGGCUAGGCUUUCUUUUGGCAUCAGGGCGGAGAAAGCAGUAGCAACAUGCUUAUCGAGGCGAGAGAGGUUGAAUUGGUUUGUUGCGUGUUUGAACCGUAAGGAAUGUUGGAGAGGAACGGGGGAUAACUACCGGAAUAAAAAGCUCUCUCUGGCUCAUUUCUUGUGCGAGAGGGGAUGCCGCCCUGCAACAUCCUUCAUACUUUUAUGUUGUGUAUGUAAGACCAAAGGCACGCCCCCUGGCGACCUAUUAUAAGAUCUGCCUCUGGGCUCGUUUCUUACUGCAGUUCUUCCUUGGAGAUAAUCCGACAUCAAAGUCAAAGUCAAUAGGGAGGUCUUGCUGUAACGAAGCACCUGUUUGUCUUCAUUCAGGCUAGCUUUCGCAUUUUUGGCACAAAGUUCAAACUCUAGGAUUUUAUGGAUGGGGUCCAAUAGUCUAUGUAGGGGUGCCUGUUCAAGUCGCGUGUGGACCCCUCCUUGUGUGGCAGAAGGAAGUCUACAGAAGAAGCGUGAUGUACAACAGUGUUUUGUUUCAUGUCUCCGUUGAAACAACGAGCUCUCUUUGUCAGGGUGCAUAUUGCUGUGAUUGGGAAGAGCUGUCUCUGGCUGGUCGAAGCAAAUCUGAACGGGAGUGAAGACAUGCGCGACGGCCAGGGCACACUACUGUUUUGCAUGAUGCGUGUUCAUCAUAACAAAUUCGUGUAGCCCACUCUCCCACCUUCAUGGUGCCGAGUUGGUUUGACCUGGUCGUCUGUAAACCUGACGACAGCACCACCUGAGUUUGUUUGCGGGGGGGCCGAAGCGGUAGCUGAUUCGGGGGCUACCGUGUUUGUUUGGGGCACACCCACGGGUAUAAGAACGUGAUUCCUGAUUUUUUUUGUUUGCGGCUUCGGUGUUGGAGCGAUGGGCUCAAGUUCCCGCUUGGGCGAUAAUAUUAAAUGUUUUUUUUCUCAUGUUCCCGUCGGUACUUGAGCCCUUCAACAACGCCCCCACAAGCUAGGUAAAGGGGGAGUGUUGGCCUGAACAGCGAUAAGCCCGAGAGAAGUAGCUCGCCCGUACAAUGUUCGGGGCGCAUGAACACAGAGCAAUGCAGGCGACUCUACUGCGUCAAUUGGGCGAGCGAUUAGAUUCGAUCCUUGACUUGGUUGUCAAGUCCUGCUAAUUCCUCUUUGGUGUAGUUUGGGGUUGGCCUGAUCUGCGAGGACUAACGAACGGGAUGAGCACUUCCAUCCAUAUGGCUCGAGAGUAACAUCCUCAGACCUGGUUUGUUCUUAGCCGCUUGUAACUUUCCGACUUACAUGUAUCAAUAUCAAUUGUUUUACUCCGUAUAUCUGCUUGAGUUUGGGUGUUUUUCUUGCCCUGCCAUCCCCGUUUGUGUUGCUACAAAGCAGCCGAGGAUCGUUCGCGUUGGUGGGAGUCACGCAUACUCUCGAUGUGCCUUGUGUAGACAGCAUAGCUCGUGAGCGCCAGAGAGCACAAACAGGUUCUUUGGCUCUGACAUUUACACUACCGAAUAAACUGCAAAGAGGGCAGAACAACGGUGUUGUUUUUUUUUUGUUUGUUUUUCUCCCAU